AUGCUCGCCAACGCCCUGGUGCUUCUCGCGCUGAGCGGCCUCGCUCAUGCCGCCCCGGCUCGUCGCGCCGUCAACCUCGCGUCCGACUCGACGACCUACUCUCGCCUUUCGGCCGAGGGCUUCACCAACGACAAGUGGAUCGAGGCGUACAAGAAGGCGGUCGACUACGUCGCAGGCAUGAGCCUCGAGCAGAAGGCGCUCACCAACGGCUGCAGCGGCCUCGGCUUCCCACUCGCCGACAUCGGCCUGACUGAGGGCAUGUGCACGGCUGACGGGCCGUCCGGCAUCAACUCGCGCUACAGCACCCAGUUCCCGCCCGAGCUCACGGCCGGUGCCACGUUCGACGUCGACCUCAUCUAUGCUCGCGCGCUCGCCAUGGGCAAGGAGUACCACGACGUCGGCGCGCACGUCCCGCUCUCGAUCUCGAUGGGCGGCAUGGGUCGCUCGCCGUACGGCGGCCGCAACUGGGAGAACUUCUCGCCCGACCCUUACCUGACGGGCACUGCGGCGCACCUCACCGUCCUCGGCUUCCAGCAGCAGGGCGUCGUCGGCCUCGUCAAGCAUUUUGUCGGCAACGAGCAAGAGUACCUCCGAAUCGGCACCCCAACGGGCUACUUCCCCAACAUCGCCAACCAGACGGUGGACUCGGUCAUCGACGAGGCGACGACCCACGAGCUCUACGUCUGGCCUUUUGCCGAGGCCAUCAGGGCUGGUGCCGGGGCCGCCAUGUGUGCCUACAACCAGGUCAACGGUACUUUCGCCUGCAAGAACGACCAUCUUCUCAGCACUGUCCUCAAGAAGACGCUCAACUUCCACGGCUGGGUCAUCACGGAUUGGGGCGCAGGGCACGACACGCUCAAGCUCGCCAACCACGGCACAGACUUUAUCGGUUUCUUCACCGACACAGGCCACUACUAUGGCGAGGCACUCAUGCCGUACGUCAAGAACGGCUCGGUCCCGGUCGAGGUCGUCGACGACAAAUUCAUCCGCAUCCUCACGCCCUACUUUGCGCUCGACCAAGCCAACCUUCCCAAGACUGACUUUGGGCGGUUCGUCGGCAACAACUACUCGACCGAGACGGCACGCAAGGUCGCAGAGGGCGCCAUCACGCUCCUCAAGAACGUGCGCUCGGACAACAACUCGCUGGGCCUGCCCCUCAACAAGCCUCGCGACAUCCUCCUCAUCGGCUCGUCGGCGGCGCCUUCGCCGAUCGGCAUCAUGCACAACAUCGGCAUGGACCUCGCCGGGUCGCCCGAUGCCGACUUCUCGGGCGCGAGCACCGACGGCUACGGCAGCGGCGGCUCGCCGACGCCGUACAACCUCGACCCGAUCGCCGCCAUCACGGCUCGCGGCCGCAAGGAGGAGCGCCCGGUCGUCACCGACUACUACACCUACGACAACGCGACGCAGGGCCAGAUUGGCGGCUGGAUGGGCGGUCAGACCCUCUUCCUCGACGCCAAGCUCGCCUACGCCAGCACCGCCGUCGUUUUUGUCACCAAGAUCGGCCGCGAGGGCUUCGACCACACCGACCUCGAGCUCCAGAACGGCGGGUCCGACCUCGUCGAGUACGUCGCCGCCCGUCACAGCGACACGAUCGUCGUCGUCACUGCGCCGGGCCCGGUCGACAUGUCGCGCUUCGUCGACCACCCGAACGUGACCGCCAUUCUGUACACCUACUACGGCGGCCAAGAGGGCUCCACCGCCGUCGCCUCGACCUUGUUCGGCGACACCAACCCGAGCGGCAAGCUCCCUUUCACCAUCGCCCGCAACGUGUCCGACUUUGCCGACAACCACUACAACGGCUCGAUCGUCAUCAACCCGGUCGCCAACUUCUCCGAGGGCGUCUUCAUCGACUACAAGCACUUUGACGAGCAGGAGAUCGAGCCGCUCUACGAGUUUGGGUUCGGCAAGAGUUACUCGAGCUUCGAGGUGUCGAACGUCGCCGUCAAGGCCAAGAGCGAGAAGGUGCCGGCGAGCGUGCGCGAGACGAACGAGAAGCUGUUCGUCGACGGCAAGGAGACGUCGGGCCUGUACGACAUCGCGUACGAGGUGACGGCGUCGGUCAAGAACACGGGCUCGGUCGCUGGCGCCGAGGUCGCUCAGCUCUACCUCACCUUCCCCUCGUCGACCCCGAACAAGAUGCCGCCCCGCUCCCUUCGCGGCUUCUCGAAGCCUCAACUCGCCGCGGGCGCGACGGCCCAGGUCACGUUCCAGCUGCGCCAUAAGGACCUCGCCGUGUGGGACGUGACGCACGGCGGGUGGAUGCUCGCGCACGGCGAGUACAAGCUCGCGGUCGGGACGAGCAGCCGCAAGAUUGCCGAGACGGUCACGCUCGAGCUCUGAGCUGGGCUCUGUCGAG